AUGCAGCAGAUCGUUGGACAGGCGAGAGCCGCCUUCAACUCAGGCCGGUGCCGCUCGCUGGAGUUCAGGAUGCAGCAGCUGAAGGCCCUGGAGCGGAUGGUGCAGGAGAAGGAGAAGGAGAUCCUGGCAGCCAUCAGGGUGGAUCUGCACAAGUGUGGGCCCAGCGCAUACAGCCAUGAGAUCCUGGGCGUGCUGAAGGAGCUGGCCCUGGCCAUGGACAAGCUGCCAUCAUGGACCUUACCUGCGCAGAAGGACCUGCUGACGAUGCGGGACGAGGCCUAUGUCUGCCCUGAGCCGCUGGGGGUGGUGCUGAUCAUCGGGGCCUGGAAUUACCCCUUCGUCCUGGUCAUGCAGCCUUUGAUCGGUGCCAUCGCAGCAGGCAAUGCUGUGGUGGUGAAGCCGUCGGAGAUCUGCGAGAACACGGCUCAGCUGGUGUCUGAUCUCCUUCCCCAGUACCUUGACCAACUGUACCUCGUGGUGAGCAGGGGGGCAGCUGAAAUGACAAUGCUGCUGACCCAGAGAUUUGAUCACAUCCUCUACACCGGCAACUCCACAGCGGGCAAAAUCGUGAUGGCAGUGGCCGCCAAGCACCUGACGCCCGUCACCCUGGAGCUGGGCAGGAAGAGCCCCUGCUACAUCGACAAGGACUGUGUGUUGGAUGUGGUUCGCAGGUUGGGCUGUUACUGCGGGUGUCACGCAGGCUUUGUUGGCUGGGCUGUGGGGGCUGGGGACUACAUCCUCUGUGACCCUUCCAUCCAGAGCAAAGUGGUGGAGAACAUCAAGGUGACUCUGCAGGAAUUCUAUGGGGAAGACGUGAAGUCGUCUCCGGAUUACGAAAGGAUUGUCAACAAGCGUCACUUCAAGAGAAUCCUGGGCCUGCUGGACGGGCAGAAGAUCGCUCACGGGGGAGAGGCUGAUGAGGCUUCCUGCUUCAUAGCACCGACUAUCCUCACUGAUGUUUCUCCGGAGUCAAAGGUGAUGGAGGAGGAAAUCUUUGGACCGGUCCUCCCCAUUCUGACCGUGAAGAACGUGGACGAAGCCAUUGAGUUCAUCAACCGUCGGGAGAAGCCCCUUGCCCUGUACGUCUUCUCCAACAACAAGAAGCUGACCAGACGGGUGAUAUCGGAGACCUCCAGUGGCGGCAUGACAGCCAAUGACAUCUUCAAGCACUCUGUGGUUCCGGAUCUGCCCUUCGGCGGUGUGGGCAACAGCGGGAUAGGCACCUACCAUGGCAAGGUGACCUUCUCCCACCGCCGCGCCUGCUUGAUCAGGGACCUGAAGAUGGAGGUUGUGAACAAACUCCGGUACCCACCUGGCAGCCAGAAGAAGGUGGAUUGGGCCAAGUUCUUCCUCUUGAAGCGGUUUAACAAGGGCCAAAUUGGACUGGUCAUCUUCGCCCUGCUGGGGAUUGUGGCAGCGGUGGUGGCAAAGAUGGUGUCCCCUGGAUGAGAGGGGUGAUCAGCCGUCAGCAGCACACCGGACCUGUAACCCGCCACUCACUCCU